UUCAGAACAAAUUUUCUCAUUACGAAACAUAAACAAUCCUGACAAACGUAAUAACAUUCUGCGAAAUCACUCUGCUCACGGACUAUCAGUACUUCUCUAGCGCUGAAAAUGGAUCGUUCCAUACAGUGGUUUCUCAGGUUGGCGUUUGGUAUUCUUUGUGCCACCUCAAAUAUCCAUCUGGUUUCGUCACUCAAUUGCUAUUCUUAUCAAUCCUCGCGAUGCAUCGUAAGAAAUUUACAACUCUAUUCCUCUGAUUUGGGUUCUCUUAAGUUUCCUGUCUAUUCGCACAUCGAACUGCAACAAGCGGGAAUGGAUUUCCUUUCUCCGGAGAUAGUGCUGCGAAUGAAGUGGGUCAGCAAUCUGACGAUUACUAACGGAGAUAUUGGCAAAAUUUAUCUGAAACAUGACCUCCUGGAACUGAUUGCUAGUAACAGUAAAACAUUCGAAAUUAUAAUAGGCGAAGGUAAUAACACAGAUCUGGAAAAAAUGGUGAUAACCGGCAACGAACUACGUGGCAUUCCAAAUAAUAUUGAAUCCCUAAAAUCGCUGAUGACUCUUAAACUUUCUAACAAUAAAAUAGAAUUUGUUGAUUUUGAGCAAGUUAGUCAAUUGGAGAAAGUUUCACAUAUAGAUUUAGCGAACAACAGGAUCUAUUAUAUUAUUCCGUACGAACCAUUUGAACUAAGUUGUCUUGAAUUUUUGGAUUUAAGUAAUAAUUUCAUGACGGAGAUUGAAUUUACUGGAUGGAUCGUUCCACGACUACGGACUUUAUCUAUUUCAAGCAACAGUUUAACAUUUACGAAAGAUUUCAAUGAAGAAAACUUUCCAUCCAUUGAACGAUAUACUGACAAUAAUAAUUUAUUCGACUGUCGCUGGCGAGCAGAAUUUGUUUCAAACUUGAAGCAAUGGAAGAAAUCCAAAAUUUUCAACAUUCCACCACAAGAUUGCUCGAAAGCCGUUCAACUGAGCUCAUCAACCUACCGGAAGCUUAACAUGAGAGAUAUUCGCAACUAUACAUUCGAGUUUGACAAUCAUGAUCAACUCCAGAAGCAAAUUAAUGUCAUGCUCGAUGCAGAGGAAAAGCAGACCAAGCGAAUUGAAACACUGAACGGCGUGAUAACGCAACAAACGGAGCAACUCAAAGAGACGGCGAUCAAACUGCUCACUCAACAGGCUAUCAUUGAUAAGCUGCUGGUGCAGAUCGAAAAUCUUCAAAGAAAAAUGGAUGAUGUGACUCCGGCAAGGAAAAAUGUUCCAAAAGGAUCACGGGACAAACUGAUUCAGGAAAUUGCAGAUGUUGUCUGGAGGAACUUAUCGGAAGAUGACUAGGGAUUCAAGAGCGAGCUUUUAAUGAGCUUGAAUUAGAUUCGGUUAAUGUAGUGUCCUAUACUGCCGUGAAUC